CAUCCCGCGUCGUCGUUCGCCUGGCCCUGAGACGAGGCACACCUCACCUUAGCCGAUCGAGAGCUCAUGGUGGCCUCGGACAACGCCCAAUUCGAACCUGUGCCGCUCGUGCAGACUUUCAACAGCCUGCAUCCAUACCACAUCCCUCUCCCGACGCACAGGUCCGCACAUGGCACAUGUCAAAGCAGCGGAUCCUUCUGGACCCAUGCAGGACCCACAAACCCGAGUUUGAAUGCUUCCGUGCUCGCCUUGGCAGAUGCUUGGAACGAGGGCGCCACCGGGUCGUUGGGCUGAUCUUGCUGCAAGGAUUGGGACCCGAUUAUGAAAACGUGGUGGUGCAGGGUUGUUCCAGAUGUUCGCAGAUGCAUGGGUAGGUCCGAUGUCGCGUUGUUGUCGGGCACAGAGUGGGAGUAAGGCGAAUGGUACAGAUGGCGGCAUACGACUGUGGAAGAGCCAGUCUUCCGAGGGACCUGCCUCUGUUCAUUGCAGAGCUCUUUGUGUCUGUGAUGAUGGCAAAGGCAGGCAGAGCAAACGAAAGCAGAAGAAGCUGCACGCGCCGUGCGUC